AAAAAGUUGAAUUGAAACUUGCUCGAAAUUUACAACGAUGAAUCCUAUGAUUUCCAUGAAACACCAUGUCAUCUGUCAAUGAGAAUUUAAAAUAAUGUGUUUUUUCCAGUUUCCUAUCCCUAUUUUGUAGUAUUUUCAUUUUCAGAACAAUAUUAUGUGAAAUGAAAUUAAGGGACGCUUCUUCGUCAUUUUGUUCGGCCGCCGCCAUGUCUGCUGCUCGACCGAGUCUCUGAAGUUCUGUUGUGCAGUUCUUUGUUAUUUAUUAAAAAGAAAUCUGUGAUUUUCGUUAAAACAAUGGAUUUUUGAUAAUACUGAAAAACUAUGGACUUUGAAUUUGUGUGGAGUGUGUACGAAUUUGGAGCAAAUCGAUAUAAUUUUUCUUUUGCAGAAGUGACUCCAACAUCGUAUUUUUAGUUCAUCCGCCAUAUUGGCGUUAAUAUCCUCUUCAUUACCAGCCAGAUUCUGGUUUCACUAUUACUGGACUUGGACAUUUGUUCAUCAACAGCACUGCAUUCUGUAGCCAUAGUAAGCGAGGUAGCAUCUCUUAAUUUGUGAUGAAAGAAAUGAGCUCUUAGGUGCAAAAGCACCAAACUUUUUUUAAUAUGAUAGAAAGGUUUAAUGGAAUUAGAGGAUAUAGCUGAUGCCUCUUAGCCAGAAAUUGGAUGAGCCUCUUGUUACAAUUGAGGUAGAUAGCUGACUCCAGCACAAUGCAGCAGGCAGUGGAUCCUCUCGCUACAACUAGUAUGCCCGCGACGGAGGCCGUCAAUGGCGCGCCGCCGGAGGACACGCCGCGGCGGCAAGGCCGGAUGACUAAUCAAUUGCAAUUCCUUCAAAAGAAUGUAAUGAAGGCCGUAUGGAAGCACCAAUUCGCCUGGCCUUUCCAUCAGCCCGUAGACGCCAAGAAACUUAAUCUCCCUGAUUAUCACAAAAUUAUUAAAAAGCCCAUGGACUUGGGUACCAUCAAGAAACGCCUGGAGUCAAACUACUACAAUUCGGCUCAAGAAUGUAUUCAGGAUUUCAAUACUAUGUUCACUAACUGCUACGUCUACAAUAAGCCCGGCGAGGAUGUGGUGGUUAUGGCGCAGACUUUGGAGAAGUUGUUUUUGAAUAGGAUAGCGCAGAUGGAUAAGGAGGAGAAAGAGAUCGAGUUACCGUCGAAGGGUAGCAAAGGCGGGGCCAAGAAGCGCACGUCGAGCGCGGCGGGGCCGGUGGCGGCGGCCACGACACCGAGCGCGGGCGCGGCCGCGGCGGCGGCGGGCCCGCGCGCCGGCGGCGGCAAGACCCUAGUGGCGCCUCACCCCGCGCUCGUCGGCUCCACCAACACCACCACGGCGCCCGCGCUGCCGCCGCAGGCCGCGCCGCCCGCUACGCACACCGGGUUGCCACAGCAGGUGGCGACUCAGCCGUCGAGCUUCCACGUGGCGCAGCCCGCUACCACCCCCGUGUCGACGAUACCGGCCGUCCCCCUCUCUCAGACUCAACCGGCUAAGGUCAAGAAAGGCGUGAAAAGAAAAGCUGAUACGACCACGCCGAUGGGAAGUUCGUUUGAAGGAGGUUAUACUACUCCCACUAUCGAUCAACAAAGCGGACCGAAACCGGCAAAGAUUUCUACCAGAAGAGAGAGCGGCCGUCAGAAAAAGGCUGGUAGAGUGGGUGAUGACGGGUUCAAAAUGGGCGGGUUGUCUCCCGGCGUAGGAGGCGCGGGCGCGGCGCAUCAUUCCGCCAUGACUCCACAACUGGCUAAGGGGAAAGAAAAGCUUUCCGAUGCGUUGAAGAGUUGCAAUGAGAUCUUGAAGGAACUGUUCUCCAAGAAGCACUCUGGAUAUGCUUGGCCGUUUUAUAAACCUGUAGAUGCCGAAUUGCUCGGUCUUCACGAUUAUUUUGAUAUUAUAAAGAAACCCAUGGACCUUGGAACAGUAAAACAAAAAAUGGAUAAUAGGGCAUAUAAAACUGCGGCCGAAUUCGCCGCGGACGUGCGCCUAAUAUUCACAAAUUGUUACAAAUACAACCCACCGGAUCAUGAUGUAGUUGCGAUGGCGCGAAAACUGCAAGAUGUCUUCGAGAUGCGAUAUGCUAAAAUUCCUGACGAGCCGAUCCACGCGGGCGUGCCGCACAUGGACAAAGGCAGUUCGGCAUCCAGCUCAGAGUCCGGUUCGGAGUCAGAUUCCGAAUCCGACGACUCCGAGGAGGAAAGAAACAACAAAGUAAAACUGCUCGAAAAGGAAUUGCUAGCGUUGCAGGAGAAGAUGAGGAAACUCGUCGAGGAGUCCAAUAACAAGAAGAAAGCGAAGAAGAAAGUCAAGGACAAGACGAAGAAGCAGUUGCCAACCAGCGCGGUGCCCAAACCGGCCCCGGCGGCUCCAUACGGCGUGAAGGCAAACAAUAUAGGCGAAACUCUCGGUGUGUAUGAUGUAGCGGCGACAGGCGCCCGAGGGAAGACCGGCGGCAAGCGGGGCGGCGGCGGCGGUGGCAAGGCGGCGGCGCGCGGAGCGGCGCCCGCCAAGAAGAAGGGCGGCGCGCCGCCCGCCGCGCCCGCACCGCACGUGCCGCCGCACCCCGACACCGACGACGAGGACGUCGCCAAGCCCAUGUCUUACGACGAGAAGCGACAACUCUCGCUAGACAUCAACAAGCUGCCAGGUGAUAAACUGGGCAAAGUGGUGCACAUUAUCCAAAGCCGAGAGCCUUCGCUACGAGAUUCUAACCCUGAUGAGAUAGAAAUUGACUUUGAAACUCUAAAACCAUCUACUCUCCGGGAACUGGAGAACUACGUUGCAUCAUGUUUGCGGAAAAAGACACAUCGUAAAGUUUCUGGAAAAUCAAAGGAUGAACAAAUGGCAGAGAAAAAGCAAGAAUUAGAAAAACGUUUGCAAGAUGUAUCUGGACAAUUAGGAUCAAACAAGAAACAGCAACCUAAAAAAGAGGGCUGCAAGGAAGCGCUGGGCGGCGCGGGCGGCAUGUCGUCGUCGUCGUCGUCGUCCGACUCGUCCAACUCGUCGUCCAGCACGGACACGAGCUCGUCCGACAGCAGCGACAGCGAAGCAGGAACCGGAAGAACACCCAAAAAGAAAACCAAGAAGCAAACGCAUCAGGCUCCAUUGCAAAUCAAAACGGUUACGCCGGUAGUGACGACGGCACCCGUGUCGGUGGCCGGUGCCAGUGAGCCGGCGCCGGCGCCGCCCGUGGCCGCGUUGGUCGAGGCUAAGCCCGAGCCGCCCGUCGUGCCCGCCGUGCCGCCCGCGCCCGUUACGCCCGCCGCGCCGCCCGUGGCACACGAAGUGAAGGAACCGCCACCGGUCACGGCCCCUCUCAUUGCAUCUGCCCCUGCGCCUGUACAUCCUGUAGGAAACAUUCCCGACUCCUCCCUAGCCCAAAUCGCGCGCGACACCGAAGAUCAGAAGCCCUUAAUUAAGCCUGAAUCUCGAAAUGGACUCGAUAAAAUAGACGCCUCGCAAUAUAUAGAUCCCAUAGAGCGAUCACUGGCUAGUCUAGAACGAAGUUUGAAGGCUGACGUCCCGAUGGACGUGACCGUCUCGGAGUCGGAGUCGUCGAUGCGGCUUGAUGAGGAGUUCUCGCUGCCCAAACAGCAGUUGAUGCCUGACGCCGCACAUCAUACUCUGAUGGCGCAACUGGGAGGUUUGACGGAUAUGACCCAUGUACCUGAUCAAAUCAAGACGGAGUUGUAUGCUCCUCACAACGGCUUUGUGGAGAAGAACAUGCACCACGACCGCGACAUGUUACGGCCUGAUGUGAACCCGCAAAUGUCAGGAAUGACAGGUGUUCCACAGGUGUCGUCCAUUUUUGACCCUUUACCUUCGGCACCACACUCUGUGAUUGCUCAGUCGCACCACAACACGCCAAAUAUACCAUGUCUAAUGACACCCUCUGUGAAAAAGGAAGAGAUUAAACCGCUUAUUACUCCGAAACCCAUCGAAGAUCUCAUGGGAGUUCCUAAUAUGAUGACGAAUAACAUUUCUGAUAGAGCUAAAUACGAAAUGGAACAGAAAAAAUUAGAGGAUGCCAAGAACUCUAAUUUCGUGCAAGCGUUUAAAUUGAAGCAGGAGCAAAAUCUGAAGAACGCUAGUUCGUGGUCGUCCCUGGCGCAAGCUGGCAGCCCUCAGAGUAUACCUAACAUCAAUACCACCAAUCAAAUCAAACAAAAACCUGUCAUGGAUAGUUUUCAGGCUUUUAAGAAACAAGCAAAAGAAAAGAUAGAUCGGCAAAGGGCGCUUAUUGAACAACAAGAAUUGCGAAAGAAAGAACAAGCAGAAAGGGAGAGACAGCGUCAACAAGAGACUGAAAGGCGACAUCCUGAGGAAGAGAAAAUGAGGCCUUCCUUGUCCAGGGCCGUGCAAGGCGCCCGCAAGGCGGACGGCGUGGAGGUGGCGUCGCCGAGCGUGUCUCCGGUGGCGCGCGCGUCGCCUCCCGCCGCAGCUGCCGCCGCCGCCGCCGUGGUGCCGGAUAAGCCAGCCGCCUCCGAGCGCGAGCGCCUGCGCCAGCGAGAGCAGGAGCGCCGCCGGCGGGAAGCCAUGGCCGGUCAAAUAGACAUGAACAUGCAGAGCGACUUGAUGGCUGCAUUUGAAGAAUCACUGUAAUGUGUGUCUAGGACAAUAUAAAUUUGUACAUAUAAGAUUAUGUAGAUAUCGUCAAUGCAAUCAAAUGUAACACCGAAGUGAUUUUGUGAUCGUUUUUGUGCGUGAACUUAUUGACUAACAUGUGGUUAAGUGCUGUGAAUAGAUAUAUACCUAUUUCAAACUGUUGUAACAUCAAUAUUGACUUUCUGGUCGUGCGUUAUGGGCCUUUAUUAGGGGUUGCAUUUUAAAUAAUUUGUGUAAUAUAAGCCCGUAGCUAAGUUAUUAAGUAAACAACUCUCUUUACAUUGGUAAGUCUAUAUAUUUAUAUUUUGUUCUAGAAAACAACUUUUACCUUCCAAUAUUUGUUUCUUAGUAGGUUCGUACUAAUAAAUAAUUAUAGCAUCGUAGGCAUUGAAAUGAAUACAAAUCUUAAGUGUUUAUAAUAACUGAUGAAUAGACUAUCGAUUGAAACAUAAAUUGUUAUUAUUCACAUAUUUACUCAUUGCAUGUUUACCUGACAUUGGCCUGUGUUAUGUAUGUUUCGAAUGUAUCUUCGUAGCUUAAAAUUGUUUCCUAUGUAUUUUUUAUCGUCAUCUAUUUUAAUACAUAUUGCUUUUCAUUAAAUAUGCAAUGAGUAAAAAUGUGUCAAAUUUUGUAUUUAUUAGUAAAUGGACUAUCCUGUUACGUAUUUGAUUUUCGAUAAAUAUUGCUGUAUUUUAAUAGUCUGUCAUUGGUAAACAGAUCAAAUGUCAUACAUUUGAUUUGAAAUAUAUUUAUUUUGACUUGGAAUAUGUCUUUUUAUGUUUGUAGAUAACUCCAGUGGAAAAACUGUAGUAAAAUUAAUAUCCAGCAUUAGUAGUAAAUUAACAUACAAGCCACAACCUACUCAUAAUAAAGUUAGCGUAAGAUUACCAAUCCAAAACGAUAACUUUGUAUAUUGUUAAGCAAGUUUUAAUUUCAGUCAUUUACUUGAAUCGAAACGAAAUCAAAUUGUAGAUAUAAACUAAAAUAUAUUGACAUUCCAUAUUGUA